AAAAAAAAAGAAAACCAGCUAGAACAGUUUUUAAUUUUAUUACAAAAACCGGGUAGCACAGUUUCAGGAACAGAGAGCAAAACAAAACAACAAAAAGUGGCAAGUGCGUAACAAGGUGGUAUUAGGAACGCCCUCCCUAGCGUGGCCAAUUGAUUGAACAAUCAACAAUCGCAAAAGUUCAUAUUGGUUCCACCAGCAGAGUAAACACUAAAAUUCGCGACUGGUUUGUGUGUGCGUGUUGUUUUGUUGUUGUUGUAAGACAGACGACAUGGAGCCGCUAGUGUCGGUGCCAGGAGGGCACAUAUUAAAUAUUAAAUCAAUAGUUGUGUUGGCAAUUGUCAUCCUACUCGGACAUUUCAAUGUGGUUCUUGGUCGAAAACAUCAUUUGGAAGUUCGGAAUGAUAUGCGUCCUUAUAUAGCUUUGAGCACAUUUGGUUUCUAUACCAACGGCCAUUUGGAUGUUCAACUCAGUCAGCUGACCAUUGAUGAUGAAAAGGAAACAGAUAAGUUUGGCUUAUCCUUGGACAAAACCACCAUAGAUCAACUUAAUCCCUAUCUGGAUUCUCAUCAAAACAAAUGCAUACUGGAGGAGUCACCCAAGAAGCAAAAUAGUGGACCCAUAUUAUUCUUUGUGCUAGAUCUCAAGGAGUUGAAAGUUCGUGUCCAAUGCUCUCCGGAAUGGGCCAAUUGGCGUGUCUACAAAGAUAUUACCUAUAGACACAAACGGCAAUCACAUGUCACUCAAGUUAGUGAUUCGGCUCUGUUUAAACAGCGUCGACGUCGUGAUCUUCCCGAUGCUAGUCUUGAUGCUGGACCCGAUGAUAUUGAUUCAUUUGAGGAUCCGCAACCACAAGAGGAUUUAAAAUCAUCUUCACCAGCUGUGACAGGCAAAAUUGAGAAUCCAGCUCCAGUCAAAGUUAGUCCAUCUUCAGUUGUGGCAUUACCUGCAUCUGCAGAUCAACCUGUUCAAACCGAGAAAGAAAAAGUUGAGGCUGCAGCAGCAGCAGCAACUCCUGUUGUUUCUUCCAACGAAAACAAAGCUGCUCCGGAGUCUCCUUUUCCUGUCGAAAAUGUGGACAACAGUUUGGCCGACAUCAAUUCUUUUAGACAAUCGCAAGAUGAUUUGUGCAAGAAUUUCACGUUGCCCCUCAUAAAGCAUACUGUCGAGGGUGUUAACUAUUAUAACUUUACAUUUUCCAUGUUUGUGGCCACGCAAAGAGAUGAAGGUCUUUAUAAUUUAUAUUUCCACGCUUGUCCCAAUUACUACAGACCGAAAAUUGUUUCCUUUAAUGUGGACAUUGAAGAGAAUAACAAUGGCAACUAUUUGUCAGCUGGUGAGAUGCCUUUACCAGCUCUCUACUUUAUGAUGAGUUUGCUGUUCUUCCUGUCGGGUCUAUUUUGGGUCUUCAUAUUGAAAAAGAGCAAACAUACUGUAUAUAAGAUACAUUAUCUGAUGGCUGUUCUAGUGUUCCUCAAAUCCUUGUCGCUAAUGUUCCAUUCCAUCAAUUAUCAUUUCAUUGAGAAACGUGGAGAGCAUGUAGAAACUUGGGCCAUACUCUACUACAUAGCCCAUUUGCUUAAGGGGGCUGUCCUGUUCAUAACAAUUGUCCUGAUCGGUACUGGAUGGACUUUUAUCAAGCACAUAUUGUCGGAUAAGGACAAGAAAAUCUUUAUGAUUGUCAUACCCUUACAGGUUCUGGCCAAUGUAGCCCAAAUCAUUACAGAUGAAUCUGACCAGAGUGAUGCCGAGUUCCGUACAUGGCACAACAUUUUCUUCUUUGUUGAUUUACUUUGCUGUGGCGCCAUACUCUUCCCCAUUGUUUGGUCUAUACGGCAUUUGCAUGAGGCUUCGGCAACAGAUGGCAAAGCUGCAAUUAAUUUACGUAAAUUGAAACUAUUUCGGCAAUUCUAUAUAAUGAUCGUUUGCUAUAUAUACUUCACACGUAUUAUUGUGGAUUUAUUGCAAAUGACUGUGGUAUUCCAAUACGCCUGGCUGGAUGAAAUGUUCCGAGAGAUGGCCACCUAUGUGUUCUUUGUGCUGACCGGUUAUAAAUUCCGUCCAGUAUCAUCGCAUCCAUAUUUCACAGUACCGGACGAGGAUGAGGAUGAUGAUGAAGUGGAAGUUCUUACUGAAUCUGGUCUAACUGAAACAGUGCAUCGCAUUAAGCCACUAAAUCGAAGUGGUGGUAGCUCUGGUGGCACCAACAGCGGAGGCAUCACCAUCAUCGAGGGUAAUGAUGAUGAACGGGAGAAUCUGAUUUCAAAACGAGAAUCAAGUCAUGAAUACGAUUAGGUUUAAGGCAAUGGCAACUAUUAAGAGAGACAAUGAGAGAGAGAGAGAGAGAGAGCGUAAUGGAGAGAUAUCUAGAA